AUGGCUUCUAAAAAGACAAAGAAAGGCUCUGGAGCGGUCAAGAAGGGCAGCAAUGAAGCGAACGGAAAUUCCGGCUCCCGGGAAAGUCAUAAGACGAAUAAUAAGGCGGUCUCUUCCGAUGCUAAUGCGAAGGACUCGAAAACCUACAACUUCGUUGUACGCACAGUAUGGACCCUCAUUAUGAUUUGCGGGUUUUUUAUUACACUGGCGUCGGGCCACUUUUGGUGUGUCUUGCUGAUUCUGGCAUGCCAGAUUGCGGCGUUCAAAGAGUGCAUUCGAGUAACGGCGAUGUCGGGUCGUGAGAAGAACCUGCCGCUGACCCGAACUCUCAACUGGUACUUUCUCUUUACAACAAUCUACUACUUGGACGGACGCUCCUUGUUCCAGUUCUUCCAAUACUAUUUUAUCAACUACGGGAUUCUGAACCUGGUGGCCUCGAAUCACCUGUUCAUCUGUUAUUGUCUUUACGUGCUUGGGUUUGUCAUCUUCGUGUGCAGCCUGCGUAAGGGUCACCUCAAGUUCCAAUUCGCCUCCCUGUGUGUCACACACAUGGUGCUGUUGUUGGUGGUGUUCCAGGCUCACUUGGUGAUCAAUAACGUGUUGAACGGGCUUAUCUGGUUCCUGCUGCCAUGCGGCCUGGUUAUCGUGAACGAUAUCUUUGCGUACCUAUGCGGCAUCACAUUUGGACGUACCCAGCUUAUUGAAAUUUCGCCCAAAAAAACUUUGGAAGGAUUUUUGGGUGCCUGGUUCUUCACAGGUAUUGCAAGCAUUAUCCUUACGAGGCUUUUGACUCCAUUCACGUACAUGACCUGCCCCGUAAAGGACAUCAACACCAAUUUCUUCACGUCAUUGACGUGCGAUGUGAACCCCGUCUUCAUUCCUCAGGACUAUAGAUUGCCACCUGUUGUUUUUGAAAAGUUCGGGUUGAGCUCCAUCACCAUGAAACCUAUUUAUUUCCACGCUUUGAAUUUGGCGACAUUUGCAUCAUUGUUUGCGCCCUUUGGUGGUUUUUUCGCCUCGGGUCUAAAAAGAUCCUUCAAGGUUAAGGAUUUUGGACAAUCUAUUCCCGGACAUGGCGGUAUCACUGAUAGAGUUGACUGUCAGUUCCUUAUGGGCUCCUUCAUGAACCUUUACUAUGAAACUUUUAUCAGCGAAAAAAGGGUCACGGUGGAGACUGUUAUUUCUACUAUUCUGCUGAAUUUUAACGAACGACAAAUAGUGGAGUUGAUCAAAGUGCUCAAUGAAGUGUUGUACAGUAAUGGCUUCAUUAGUGAUAAAGCGUACAAGCAACUGACAGCCCUGUAUAAUAUUUAG